UUGCGCUGGGUUUCAGAGAACUUGAUACAGAGUAAAUCACACGGACCUACCAGUGUUGAAAUUUGUAACCCUGUUGCAAGUAUUUUUGGCCAGUGAAAGGAGCAAGAGAUCACGGCGAUCUCCCAUUUGGAUAGAAUUGAGUUGUUGGUUAAGGACAACCUCGGAUCUUUUUCUGAAACAGUUCAAAUCUUUUCAAUAUAUAGGUUCUCACCCUGGAAAUGUCCGAAAACAAGCCGAAUGAUGAUCCGAAGUUAUCUACGACGGACAGGGUGGUAAAAUCUGUCCCUUUCCCACCUAGUCAUCGGCUCACCGCCAAGGAGGUGUUUGACAACGAUGGGAAGCCCAAAGUGGAUGUGCUCAAAGGUCACCUGACCAAGGAGGGCCGCGUGGAGGAGAGUGUAGCCCUGAGGCUCAUUGGAGAGGGAGCGGCCAUCUUGAGGGCUGAGAAAAACCUGCUGGACAUAGAGGCACCUGUGACAGUUUGUGGAGACAUCCAUGGGCAGUUCUUUGACCUGAUGAAGUUGUUUGAAGUAGGGGGGUCACCAGCUAGCACACGUUAUCUCUUCUUGGGUGACUAUGUCGACAGAGGAUAUUUCAGUAUUGAGUGUGUGCUGUACUUGUGGGCCUUAAAGAUUCUUUAUCCCAAAACGCUGUUUUUGCUCCGUGGGAACCAUGAAUGCAGACAUUUAACAGAGUAUUUCACGUUUAAGCAGGAGUGUAGAAUAAAGUAUUCAGAGAGGGUGUACGAUGCCUGCAUGGAUGCCUUUGACUGCCUCCCCCUGGCAGCCCUCAUGAACCAGCAGUUUCUGUGCGUACACGGAGGGCUGUCCCCAGAAAUCACAAACCUCGAUGACAUCAGGAAAUUAGAUCGAUUUAAAGAGCCGCCCGCGUAUGGGCCCAUGUGUGACCUGCUGUGGUCGGACCCCCUGGAGGACUUUGGGAAUGAGAAGAGCCAGGAGCACUUCACACACAACACGGUUCGAGGCUGUUCCUAUUUCUACAGUUACCCCGCUGUCUGUGACUUUCUUCAAAACAAUAACUUAUUAUCCGUCAUCCGAGCACAUGAAGCACAGGACGCUGGGUACCGCAUGUACAGGAAGAGCCAGACAACAGGAUUCCCUUCCCUCAUCACCAUCUUCUCAGCCCCGAACUACCUGGAUGUGUACAACAACAAAGCCGCCGUGCUGAAGUAUGAGAACAAUGUGAUGAACAUCAGGCAGUUCAACUGCUCCCCUCACCCCUACUGGCUGCCCAACUUCAUGGACGUCUUCACCUGGUCUUUGCCUUUCGUCGGGGAGAAAGUCACUGAGAUGCUGGUCAACGUGUUGAGCAUCUGCUCCAGUGAUGAGCUGACCACCGACGAGGAGCUUGAUGGACAACUAAUAUAUGCCCCCAAGAAAGGUGCCACAGCCUCUGCACGCAAGGAGGUCAUCCGGAACAAGAUCCGUGCCAUUGGCAAGAUGGCCAGGGUCUUCUCUGUCCUCAGGGAGGAGAGCGAGAGCGUCCUGACACUCAAGGGCCUGACCCCAACCGGAAUGCUGCCUAGCGGAGUGUUGUCCGGGGGCAAAGAGAAGCUCCAGAACGAAACCACAGCUACUAUUGAGGCAAUAGAGGCAGAUGAAGCCAUCAAGGGCUUCUCACCCCAGCACAAAAUCACCAGCUUCGAGGAGGCCAAGGGCCUGGACCGCAUCAACGAGCGAAUGCCCCCGAGGCGGGACGGUCUCCCGUCAGAUGCCAGCCUCAAUUCCCUCAACAAAGCUCUGUCCUCGGAGACCAAUGGCACGGACCCCAAGGACGACGGCAGCAGCAGCAUCCAGUGAGAGGGGGCGGGGGGGCAAGCUCCGCCCCGGCGGGUGGUGGGUGGGGGGUGGCAGCCUGGGGCGACCAGGGUGGGGCGUUCCACCACCCUUCCCCCCCUCGUCACAGUCUGUCACAGGUGGCAUAGAGAGGGCAGCCGGGUAUGCCAUGGUUAUUGUCGGGCGGAGGUGUUGGAGCGAGGAGAAAAGCGGGGGAUGAGAUCAGGAACGCGCUUCCAGGAAGUCGCCCUGACAAUAGCAUACGGCUCCCGCGGGAGUGACGUCGGUCAACCUCUUAGUCUUUGGAUAUGCCUUUAAAUAAAAUUGCUUUUAGAAACGAUGGGAACGUUGUCGCUCGUUCACUCUUUCGGGCCCUUGGCCUCCUCGAAGCUGGUGAUGACGUGGUUGAUUCUGUACUGUAGGACGAGAGAGAGAGAUGGACAGACACAAAGAGAAAACAGACGAGAGAGAGAGACAGAUCUUAAUGGAGAUGUUUUGUGAGAGCCCCUUGUUCAUUUUACUGGAUAUGGAAAUGUUGUGUAACUUCUUACUAACUAUUGUACGUUUACAAAAUACAGCACUAAAAAAUGUUUUUAACAUAAGGGUGUACAAACUAAAUAAGUACUAUUUAUUGAUACCUUUUUUGCUACUCUUAUAACAUAGCUCUGAGAGAAAUUAGGCAGUCUUAAAAAGAAUGUUGCGACCUUGUUGAAAUGCCAAAAGAUUUAACGUUUUAUGGUUUUGUACAUAUUAUGCUUACCUCAGGUUCAUUUGGUAUGUGUUUUUGACCCAGAUUUCUGUAUAAUUGCUAAUUAUUACCCUGGUAAUGAAUACAUAUUUUCUUGGAGUUUCAUAACUGGAAUUUACAUUUAUCUAAUUUGCAAAUAUGUUUUUUGUUGAAUUUUGGGGAUAUAGAAUUUAUCGUGGCUUGCUGGAAUUCUGUGACUGUUAAUUUCUUUUUUUAAGUAUGGCGAACAAAGUGAAUAUAAAGAUCCUAUAUUGUGUAAAAAAGACAAACUGAAAGUGUCUGUCUAUGCAUGUUUUAUAAAAUCAAACAAGGGAAAUGUUACAUGAAUUGAAUAUCUUGGCUACAGAGACCCAUUUUGAAAAUCAGUGUGCUUAGUGAUUAUAUAUAUACUGGAAUAUGUAUAUCAGAAUUCUUAAAAUUUACACCAUGAUAAUGCUUUAAAUGCCUUCAGCUUAUUUUGUAAUUAAACAUUUAACAAUCUGAGAUGGAGUAUUUUUUUCUAGGAAGAUUUUUCUUUGUUUGUUUUUUUACAUGCGCUUGUACUGUAAGUGCACAGAGUCCGAUUUAGCAUGUUUGACAAUUCUUGUAAGUUUUGUGGUUACAUGUGGAACUCAAAAUGCAUGGUAGCUGUAUGUGUCAUAACUGUUUAGAUUGUUUUGUUUUGUAAACGUGCCACAGAAAGUGUAAUUUGAUGAUUAUUAUAAUUUGAACUCUGCUUUGUAUAUCUGUUACAGGUUUGUUCCUGCUCAAUACUUUAAGAUAAAAAAAGUUUUUUUGGUUUUUUUUUACUGCUUAAGUGCCCAAGUAAUUCACUACACGACAUGAAGCCUUGCUUUUGUAAUUUAACUUCAAAACUGUUGGCAGAUGAAGCAUGCACUUGCAACUAUGAAAACAUAUUUUAUAUUAUUGUUCAAUAAAAACUUUGCAUGAAUUUCAA